AUGGAGAAACGUUCACGUCGCGUUAUGAGGCAUCGUUUUGAGGGCUUCCACUUGCCGGGUUCAGUGUGGGCCCCCACCGAGUACCGUGAACUGGAAAAAGUGGAGGACGACGAGCCGCAAAACCCAGUGAAACUCGAAAAGUUCAGUCAUCACACCGAAUGUAAGUCUCAGGACAGCGCGAAGGAACCUCUGGAAAAACCGUUGGUACAAGAGCAAGCGCGGCGUAUUUCUUCCCCGGUGAAGCUGCCGGCACGUGCCCAGCAGGCGCACCGCUUUGUGUCCCUGGAGGAUUCUCUGGUCGAAAAAAGGGAGCUCGAAAAUAUUCAAGAAAAAACGGACGAGAAGGCUAUUUAUGGCGAGUCACCGAAAACAGCUGCGGACGUGGCAGAUGCGGCUCGUGUCGAGCCGUCGCCCCAGACAGAGCCCGAGACACAGGUAUCCCCGCCUCGAGCGAAAACCUCGCCCAAGAAUCACCAGUACCGACAAGUACCGAAAACGAGACGCUGGUCGAUACGCCAGGCGCUGAGCGUGCGUGCGCCACCAGCAGCGCCGACGUCGCCCGUUAGUGCCGCCACAGUCGCUAGUGUCAGCGACUGGUCCGCUGGUACCGGCGCCGCGACGGAGAACGCACACGAGCACCAACAGACCGCAGCGACGGACACGGAGCAUUUGACCAAGACUAGGCCCGCAACGACAAUUUCACUUCCGGAUCGGGUUGUCAAGAAUAACUUCCCGGGCAUCGAAGCGAUCGAGAAUAUGUCGCUGCCGAGCGUCUCGCCUGCUGCGCAGUCCGAUGCAAGCGCAUUUUCUGUGGGAGAUAUCGUUGCAUCGAGCAACGAUUCAGGCCGCUGGGAUGAGGAGCCGUUCGAAAAACUACCGUCCGAGAGAAUCCCGAAACGGGCGAGCAACCGACGUCGAUCAGCGCUCGCCAGAAUGCUUGUGUGUUUCCGCUAG